AUGACAGUUGUUAAUGUGGUGAUUUUGUUAUGUUUGUUCGAAAUUUUAUUCGUGAAGUUUUUUCACGCUUACGUGAAUGAAAAAGCACAUACUAUUCAAGUAUUUCCAUCCAUCCAAGUUAACCUCACCCAUUAUUCAAAACUGUGUUCAAUCAGUUUACUUCCAUCUGAACAAAAUAAUGUUCCUUAUUUCAUCAGUGGUAGUGUUUUAGAUCAAGAGAAAGGAUAUGGCUAUCUCACAUUUAAUGAAUCAUUGUAUCAUGAAGCUGAGGCUUCUGGCAACUUAGAAGCCAGAAUAGGAUUUUAUCACCUAAAAAUAUUAGGUGAAGAUUGUUCUCAUCCUCCCAAAUACACAAUUUCAUGGCCAAUCACAUUUGAACACAUUCGAUCCGAUUUACCAAUCUGGUCUAGAAGGAGAUAUGAAUUCAACAUAGACUCACUGCAUCCACCCGGUUAUGAAAUUGGUAAAGUGACUGCUUAUUCAUCAACAAUCAAUGUAACUGAUGGUAAUCCACCUAUUGGUGAUGAUACAGGAAUGUGCGUUUAUACAAUUCAAGAUGCCAGUCAUUCAUUUGCAAUCAAUGGACAUGGCGUUAUUCGAUCGUUGGUGAGAUUUAAUAAUCGUACAGAUUCAGUGUAUGAAUUCAAUGUCACCGGAUUUGAUUGUCAUCUCCCAGUACCGUACAGUUCUUCAGUAUCGGUUACAGUUUAUGUGAAAUCUCUGUGUACAUCUCAAUGGAAUGGUAUUCCAAAAGAAAUAGCUUAUCCAGCUUUAUCUAAUCCAUACUUGAUUGCUGUAAAUGCCAAGUUUUCGAUUUGUCCGCAGAGAAACACUUACGAUAUUGACAACAUUCAUGAGUAUAAUGAUGAAGAUAAUGAUAGUAUAACUAUUACAGAAUAUGAUUACUGUCCAAUCGAACAAGUAACGAUACGUAUGAAAAUCUUAUGGAGUAAAGAAGAUAUUAUUGUUGGUGAUGAAAAUACACCAACUUCUUCACCAUCCUCAUCACUUUCAUUAUCCUCUCAAUGUGAUUUAGAUUAUUAUUCAAUGCUAGCUAAUCGUAAAACGUGUAUUAGUUCUUCUCAGCAUGUCUCCAUUGACUUAUUGCCGGAUAUCGAACAACAACUACAACAUCAUCUAAAGGAAAUUGACAUCAUGAAUAUGCCAACUAUUGAGAAAAUUAAUGGAUUAGACCAAAUCCCAAAAAUAAAUCAUAAAGAUUAUCCAUCAGGUAUUUAUUAUUUCAAUGGUUCAACUCAACUGGAUUUAAACAAACUUUCAAUUUUCAAUAAAAUGAAAAGAUUUGAUAAUAAUUCAUUUACAAUUAACUUUUGGAUGAAACAUACGCUAACAUUUAAUCGACGAUAUGAAGAAAAUUUAUCGAAUGGACGAGAGAACAUACUAUGCAGUGCAGAUGAGUAUGAAAAGAAUCGACAUCAUUUUGCGAUAUUUCUACAUAACUGUAAACUUGUUGUAUUAAUUCGAAGAGAACCAACCAAUGCAUCUAUGUCAGAUUCAACACAUUGGCAUCAUUAUUCAAUAACAUAUCAUCCUCCGGAGCAUAAGCCUACUUUAUCUGAGUGGGAUAAAGAUAUUGAGUUACAAUUAUAUGUGGAUGGACAAUUGGUUCCAAACAAUCCAGAAUUGGUACAAGUUGCUGAAAAUAUGCCUAUGAUACAUUUAUCAUCUAGAAAUCAUGAAUUUGUACGUACUUCAGUCGGUGCAUGUUGGCAUGGACGUAGUUUGCAGUUCACUCAACAUUUUGUGGGCUACCUUGCUGGUUUAACAUUUAGUAACGGAUAUAUCCAAAAUGAUGAAGAAUUACGCUGUCUAACUAAUUGUGAACCACGUCUGUUUAUAAAUGAUCCAACAUUUGGUUCAAAAACUGAUCGUUUUGAUACGACCAGUGUUCGUAAUUCACAUUUGAACAGUAUUAUCAUUCAGGCAAAAAGUUUAAAUGAACUGUCGAAUAUUUUACGCCAAGUAACGUUCUACAACCCAAGGCUACAAUAUAAACCAAGAUAUCGACCUGAACCUGUGGCAUUCAACUGA